AGAGGCAAUGCUAAUACUAAAAUACAAGAAUAUCGCGCCUUCAGGACCUAUGUAUUACAUGAACGUCAUGGGCCGCCACUUCAUAGUAGUCAACUCAUUGGACGUCGCCCGGGACCUUCUCGACAAGCGUUCGGCCACGUACUCACACCGUCCUCGCUUGGUUAUGGCUACUGAGCUCGUGGGGCGGAACACCUUGCUCUUUAUGAACUACGGCCCCAAUUUUCGUAAAAUACGCAAAUUGGUGUCGACAUUCACCAACGCGCGGACCGCCGCCAAGUACUGGCCUGUCCAAGAGGCUGAGUCGCUCAAGUUUGUGCUGAACAUGAAGCGGGUAUCUGGCGAUGCCAUGGAACACUGCCGUUGGGCAACGACGUCACUCAUUAUCCGGGUCCUUUACGGCAUCGAGGCCAAGGGUAGAGAUGACAAGCUGGUGCAGUUAGCUGAGGAAUUCUCGCUGAUAACCCACAAGGCGGUUCAGCCGGGCCUGUGGCUUGUUGACUCGUUUCCUCUUUUGCGUUACGUCCCUAGUUUCUUGCCUGGUACGUAUUUCAAGACAUGGGCGCGCCAGGCACGUGCUCGCAUCGAGGAGUUUGCGACGUUGCCGUAUGAGAUGGUCAAGAGCAACAUAAAAGACAAGGGGCGUACUAUCUCUUGUUGGACCGCCGAUCAGCUCCUAUCAAUGACAGAGCCUCUGUCUGCGGAGGAUGAGAAAGAUAUCCAUACCACAGCGACAUCCCUGUACUCUGACACAUCCGGUACCGCCAUGGCGACCUUCAUUCUAAUGAUGGUACGCAAUCCCGACGUGCAGCGCAAGGCACAGGAGGAGAUCGACCGCGUCACGGGCGACGGGCACUGGAUUCCCGGUUUGCGAGACUGCGCACAGUUCCCGUAUAUCGGCUGCCUCGUGAAGGAGGUUUUCCGGAUCAACCCCAUCGCACCGCUCGUACCACAUAGCCUUGCGGAGGAGGAUGUCUACGAGGGUUAUCGCAUUCCGAAGGGAAGUUGGGUCAUGGCGAACUUCUGGGCAUAUAUGUACGACGAAUCGAGGUAUCCCGAGCCGUAUACCUACCGUCCAGAGAGGUUCGAGGAAAACGAGGGUAAAAAACCACAAGAAGACCCGCUUGACAUCGUCUUCGGCUUCGGUCGUAGGGUGUGUCCAGGCAGCCACUUCGGCCUGGCGACUAUAUUCUUGGCUGUCGUCCACAUGCUUUUUGCAUUCGACAUAUUGCCCGCCAAAGACGAGCACGGGCGUGUCAUUGUUCCGCCUGCUGAGUUCUGUGGUACGACCCUCGCUCACCCCAAGCCUUUUCCGUACCGCAUGGAAGAGCGGAGUCCGGAGAGAAUUGCUCUUAUUGAGCUUGCGCUGGCGAAUAUGCACAUGUAGUGAUAUUGUGUGGUACGUACUCGUGUAACAGCGAAUUGGCCUGGUACUAGUUAUUUUAUAGCUACCUGUAUGAGACAAUAUCGCACGAUUUUGGCUCGUCGUUACAUCCUCUCUGGCAACAGUUCAAAAAUGUACGAGCAUCCCGUGAGAUCAUCUCCACAAACAUGAGUCACGGAAGAAAUCGUCAACUUCGUCGUGAUCGCCAUCUGCCGCACCGUGCUCGAUAGAGGCUCAACGAGAGCAACCUGAACGGAAGGAGUCGCUGGAUGCAUGGGUAUUGGAGCUGGCAGACUGCGCGAUCGAGGCGAGUGCGUUGAGUUGCUGGCGAGAAUAUGUGCGAGCAUGGUCUUCCUGAGACUACUUUGAGGGCGAGAGGGACCGGGAUCGACUGUAGCCGUACUUACACUGGAUCGAGGAGAUUGUCGACUGGUGCCCGGUCGCGUAAAAUGUAUGC